UCUGAACAAAACAGAUCUGCUGUAUUUUUCCGGACCCACGUCACAUGACUGACCCGCGGCUUCUGAUUGGCCAGCUGCUGCUCCGUGUUUAUUUCCGGAAGUGAGUUGUAGUCCGUGUCUGACUUUCCUUCAGGAUUAUCUCACCUGGAUCCGGCAGCCUGUCUAGGUGUGUCCACGUCCACAGGAUGGCUCACUGGUUCCACAGAAACCCUCUGAAGGCUACAGCUCCGGUGUCCUUUAACUUCUAUGGAGUGGCAGGAAGUCCUGCUGCCAACAAGAUAUGCAAUGACCUGAGGACCACCAGGGCCAGACUGCUGGAGAUGUUCACUGACGUCACCUGCAACCCUGAGAUCAUGAAAAAUGCCACAGAUGCUUAUUUCUCCCUCCUGCAAGGUUUUAUUGCCUCCUUGGAUGGAACCACGCAGGAAAACAAGAUGCGGUUCAUCCAGAACUUUAAAUGGACCGACACCUUACAGGGAAACACACCCAGCGCUCAGCAGGAUGCUGUCUUUGAGCUAGUCUCCAUGGCCUUCAAUGUAGCCCUGUGGUACACAAAGUUCGCCUCCAGACUAGCAGGGAAGGAAAACAUCACAGAGGCUGAAGCUAAAGAUGUUCACCGGAGCCUGAAGGUUGCUGCUGGGAUUUUCAAAACUCUAAAGGAGAUCCACAUCCCUCGCCUCAUCACUCCAGCUGAGAAGGGCCGAGACCUGGAGCCCCGAGUGAUCGACGCCUACAUAAUCCAGUGUCAAGCGGAAGCACAGGAAGUGACCAUCGCCAGAGCCAUAGAGCUGAAGCACAACGCCACACUCAUUGCAGCGCUGGCCUUCGAGACGGCAAACUUCUAUCAGAAAGCUGACCACACAUUGAACACCCUGGAGCCAGAGUGCAGCAGCAAGUGGAGGAAGUACCUUCAGCUGAAGCAGCACUUCUACAUGGCUUAUGCGUUCUGCUACCACGGACAGACGCUCCUGGCCAGCGAUAAGUGUGGAGAAGCCAUCAGAUCCCUCCAGGAGGCAGAGAAAUGCUACUCUCGUGCCGAGGCACUGUGUAAAGAGUACCGUCAGACCAAAGGCCCAGGAACCACGGCCAAACCCUCGGAGCAGCUGUUCUUCCUCAAGCUGGGCGGCCUCAUUAAAAACACCCUGGAGAAGUGCCAGAGAGAAAACGGCUUCAUAUACUUCCAUAAGGUCCCAGCUGAAGCUCCUCAGCUGGAGCUGAAGGCUAGCUAUGGUCUGGCUGAACCGGUGGCCUUUGAGCUGCCGGCCGUCAGCGAUCAGUGCUCGGCUGAAGUCUACGCCUCCUUCGAUCUGACCAAGGGAGCCAAAAAUGACAAGGCCAAACCCAAAGACGAGGAGGUGAAACCGGUGAAGGAACCAGACCUGAAGCCUCAGAAGGACACGGGCUGCAUCGUCUCCUAGACUCUCCAUCAUCAGAGCCAUGAAUUAAACGAUGCUUCCUCCUCAUGUAAACCUCCAUAGGAACACAGAAAACCUGUGUUUGGUUCAUAUUAAUCCACCGUUUUACAUCCCUGCUGAAACAUGUAUGUUAAUGUCAUCACGUCUGAGCCAGAGCCACUCAAAUACAAACAUGUAACUCCAAUGGAAGCACUUUUAAAAAGAGAAACUUUUGGAUGAGCUCACAGUUAAAAUAAAUGAUCUGUUCUAUUAUCGGUGCCUUUGGCUGCGAUCUAAACCUGGUUUCACUUUCUGAAGCUCUGGCCUCAUUAUAGACGGUUUAUUAAAAAUACUGAAAGUGGCCUCAAAAUCUGUAGCAGCAUCAAACUGAUUAAACUACUAUCUGAACAUUGAGCACUACAUAGAAUUAUAUAUUAUAGUAAAAGAUAAAAUAAUAUACUAGCUAAAUGCUGGUAAUGAUUAACACACUGAUGUAUUAUUCUGCUGAAUCUGGUUUGUUUUAUCUGUUUAUAAUUAAUAAUUGAUUCAGUUCACGUCACUCAUGUAUUAUAGCUUUUUUUGUAUGUUUUCUAGUCCUGAUGAUUCAUUUAAAGGAUUUUUAUCACCGGAGGAGGCUUCAUCUGUCCUUUAACAGCGGUUUAAUUUAUUUCUGUUUAUUUUAAAAGAAGACUUAAACACUGAAGUCAUCAUAAAGAGCUGCUGAACUGAUGGUUUAUGUUAAUCUCUGUUAUCUUUCAUUGGUUCCAUCAGAGCACUCACUAAUUCAUAAAAUGCUUUGUUUCAUAAACUUUUCAGUCUUCAUUGUCCAGAUAUUGAAGAAUAUAAGUGAAUAUAUAAAUACAGAGUUAGCCUCCUGAAAUCAUAGAAAGGAGCAUUUGGGAAAUUAUUAUCUUCAGAAGUCGCUCACAUUAUUAAAAGUCACCCAGUUUCUAAACCAAACUCCUGGAACGUGAAUAAACUAAUAUUCUGCUGCCAUAGAUCGAUACUUUAUUAAUAAACAUGUAAACGUUUAACCCACAUGUAUGACCUGAACUAAAGAGCAGAUAUCUUCAUCUCUGGUUUCUUUCUUCCACUCUGCAUCAUCUUUGCACUUUACCUUCAGCUGUGCAGCGAUUCCUGGUUUGAAAACUCGUGGUUUGAUUUGGUUUGACUGUCGUGUAGUUCGUUACACAUAAUGGAGUGAAUUUAAUCAGAAAUCAGGCCAGAGCUAAUUAUUUAUCAUCAACACUCCUGUAGCUCCUCUAACACUUUCCUUCAUGUAAAAUGUACUUCAGAUGCUAUUAAAUCAUCCAGAAAACUCA